AAUACGGUAUGCAACUCCCGUAACAUUUAACCGUACACCUUAUGAACCUAAUUUUUUGUAUCAACAUUUUAUUCAAACACAAGCAAUUCCACAUUAUCAGGCAUAUCCCAUUUAUUUGCCUGAAUAUUUAACUAAUUAUCAAGAAAGUAACAAUAUUGAUAAUUGUAUUUAUGAAGAAAUUGGCUCAUAUACGAACGCCUUUUUCUUUAAGCUAGCAUAUGGAUUCCCAAUUGGCGAGGAAUAUGUUCAAGCUUUGACUACGGAAGGAUCAAACACCAUUAUGAGUUUGUUUGAAUCAAGCGCUAAUGUGAAUCCUCCUAAUGAAAAAAGAGCUCGUUUAAAAUGGACACAAAAAAGCAUUAAAUUAUUACUUUCUUUUUUGAACGAAAAUAAACAAGUUCUAAAAGAACUAGUAGAAAAACGUAGUGGGAGUGGAAAUAUUAAAAAAGAGCUCUGGAUGAGUGCAUCAAUUGUGGUAUCCGAUAAUGAAAAUCUAUAUCUUCCUAAACAGUGUGAAUUCAAAUGGAAAAAUAUUAAGCAAGACUGUAAGAUUAAUUCUGAUUGUCAAUAUAAAUUGGAAGUUAAAGAAAUACUUGAGUGCGUUAAAUUUUAA